AAGCUAGCAAGGCACUUUCAGGACCAUGAUGGCUCAGUUUCCCACGGCGGUGAAUGGUUCUGUACACUGAAGUGGGGCUUCAGUCACGAUGAUCACGUCAGUGAAAAUAGGGCAUGGUAUGGAAUGCUGUUCCUGUUUACAGGGCACGAGGGCCAAACAUAUGGGCCAUCACCGCAGAAGAGCGGGCCAAGCACGACAAGCAGUUUGAUAGCCUUAAGCCCACGGGAGGCUACAUUACAGGUGAUCAAGCACGUACCUUUUUCUUGCAAUCAGGUCUACCAUCUUCAGUCCUCGCUGACAUAUGGGCACUGUCAGACUUGAACAAAGAUGGAAAAAUGGAUCAACAGGAGUUCUCUAUAGCCAUGAAACUCAUCAAGCUGAAAUUACAAGGACAGCACUUGCCUAUGGUUCUCCCUCCUGUCAUGAAACAAACUCCAGUACUUUCACCUCUAAUGUCAGCUCGCUUUGGAAUGGGUAGUAUGCCAAAUUUGUCCAUGCCAACAUCCAUGUCUACGAUCACACCGUUAGCUCCAAUGUCUCUGACCUCAAUGACAUCCGUUCCUCCUUUGGUUAUUUCUGCUCCCCUGGUGCCUUCUGUCAGUACCUCAUCACUGCCAAACGGAACAUCCAGCCUUCUGCAGCCUUUGGCCAUACCUUUCUCUUCAAUGCAGCCUCAUACCGGUUCCUUAGGUCCCAUGGCAGGAGGGUUUGGUGGAUCUAACAUGCAGAAGGCACAGUCACUAAUCGAUUUAGGAUCUAGCAGUUCAAAUUCUUCCUCUAGCGCUUCGCUAGCUGGGAAUUCACCAAAGAUUGCACCUUCAGACUGGGCAGUUCCUCAGGCUUCCAGAUUAAAAUACAGACAGAAAUUUAACAGUCUUGAUAAAAGUAUGAGUGGAUAUUUAUCAGGAUUUCAAGCAAGGAAUGCCCUUCUGCAAUCAAACCUCUCACAGACUCAGCUGGCUACUAUUUGGUCAUUGGCUGAUAUUGAUGGAGACGGACAGCUGAAAGCAGAUGAGUUUGUGUUAGCCAUGCACCUAACUGAUAUGGCCAAAGCUGGGCAACCUCUGCCACUAACUCUGCCUCUGGAGCUGGUACCACCUUCCUUCAGGAGUGGAAAAUACUCCGAAAAUAUCAAUGGAACUCUGCCAUCUUACCAGCCUGUGCAAGAGGAGGAGCCACAGAAAAAACAGCCAGUGACGUUUGAGGACAAAAGAAAAGCAAACUAUGAGAGAGGAAACGUGGAGCUGGAAAAACGCCGUCAGGUCCUGUUGGAACAGCAGCAGAGAGAGGCAGAACGUAAGGCUCAGAAAGAAAGAGAAGAACAAGAACGAAGAGAGAGGGAACGUCAGGAGCAGGAACGGAAAAAACAGCUUGAAUUGGAAAGGCAGCUGGAGAGACAACGAGAGCUGGAAAGACAAAGGGAAGAAGAAAGGAGGAAAGAAAUAGAAAGGCGGGAGGCAGCAAAGCAAGAACUGGAGCGCCAGCGGCGUUUGGAAUGGGAGAGAAUUCGUCGCCAAGAACUUCUUAAUCAGCGUAACAGAGAACAAGAAGAAAUUAUCAAGUUGACCUCUAAGAAGAAGAGCCUUAAUCUUGAAUUAGAAGCUCUGACGGACAAACAUCAGCAAAUCUCCGGCAGAUUGCAGGAUAUUCGAAGCAAGAAGCAGAUUCGGAGGACUGAGCUGGAGGCUUUAGAUAGAAAAUGUGACCAAGGAAUUAUGGAAGUCAAGCAACUACAACAGCAACUUCAGGAGUAUCAGAAUAAGCUGACUUAUUUAGUUCCUGAAAAGCAGUUGUUAAGUGAGAGAAUUAAAAACGUUCAACUCGACAGCACUCAAAAUGCAGGAAUUGCUUCAGUGCAAAAGAAGUCUCUAGAAAAGGAAGAAUUAUGCCAAAGACUUAAGGAACAAUUAGAUGCCCUUGAGAAAGAAACUGCUGCUAAGCUUGCUGAAAUGGAUGCGUUUAACAGCCAGCUGAAGGACCUGAGAGAAAGCUACAGCACGCAGCAAUUAGCCUUGGAGCAGCUCCAUAAGAUCAAACAGAGCAAAAUAAGAGAGGUAGAGAAAAGAAGAGCCGAACUUGCGCAGAAAAAGCGGCUGGAAGAUGAAGCUGCAAGGAAAGCAAAAAGGGAGAAGGAGAACCGAUGGCAGGAAAAUAUCCGAAGGGAAGAGGAGGAGAAGAAGAAGCGAUUAGAGGAGGAGAGAAUGCAGGAAAAGGUUCAGGAAAAGCUUCAUGAAGAGGAGGAGAAAAAUAAGCAAGCUGGGAUCUUGAGAGAAAAAGAACAACGGCAGAGGCAACUGGAGGAAGAGAAAAGAAGGCAAGAACAAAUUGCAAAAGAAGCUGAGGAGAGGCGUAAGCAGAAUGAAGAAAUAAAAAAGAUAAAAGAAGCCACCACUUCUCAUGAGGCAGAGAAAUGUGCUGCUAAAUUAAACAUAAGUGAGAAGUUUGGAGAUCUGUUGAAACCAACAGAGGGUAAAAGUCUUAAGCCACCCUGGACCAAUGAAGGCAACGCCAUCAGUGCUUCAGAAUCCAGGAAUUCUGUUGCCUUUGUGAAUUACAGAGCUUUGUAUCCGUUUGAGGCGAGGAAUCAUGAUGAGAUGAGCUUUAAUACUGGAGAUAUAAUUCAGGUUGAUGAAAAAAAUGUUGGAGAGCCUGGCUGGCUUUAUGGGAGCUUCCAAGGACGUAUUGGUUGGUUUCCGUGCAAUUAUGUGGAAAGAAUACCAGAAGGAGAAAAAGCUUUGUCUCCAAAGAAGGCCUUACUUCCUCCUACAGUAUCUUUAUCUACUACCUCAGCUACUUCAGAACCACUUUCACCAAGCAGAUCUGUAGAAGAGUCAGAUUACCAGAACGUACAUUUCUCCAGCCUGAACGUUAAUGCAGCGUGGCAACAGAAGUCAGCUUUUACCCGCACUGUGUCCCCUGGAUCUGUGUCACCCAUUCAUGGACAGGGGCAGCCCGUCGAGAACUUGAAAGCACAAGCACUUUGCUCUUGGACUGCAAAAAAAGAUAACCACUUGAACUUCUCCAAAAAUGAUAUCAUUUCUGUCCUGGAGCAGCAGGAAAACUGGUGGUUUGGAGAGGUGCAUGGAGGAAGGGGUUGGUUUCCCAAGUCUUAUGUCAAGCUCUUACCUGGAAGUGAGAAGAAAGAGGAACCAGAAGCUGUUUAUGCAGCAGUAAAGAAGAAGUCCAGUGCACAGCUCUACCCAGCGGGAGAAGAGUACGUUGCACUGUAUUCCUAUUCAAGCUCUGAGCCUGGAGACUUGACUUUCACUGAAGGUGAGGAAAUCCUGGUGACCCACAAGGAAGGGGAAUGGUGGACAGGGAGCAUUGAUGACAGAACUGGGAUCUUCCCCUCCAAUUAUGUCAGACCAAAGGAUCAAGAAGGUUCUAGUAAUGCUGGCAAAACUGGAACAAUAAAUAAGAAACCUGAAAUUGCUCAGGUGACUACUGCUUAUGCUGCAUCAGGAAGUGAACAGCUUAGUCUUGCUCCUGGGCAGCUCAUACUUAUCCUGAAGAAAAAUGCUAGCGGAUGGUGGCAAGGAGAGCUGCAGGCAAGAGGGAAAAAGAGACAGAAAGGAUGGUUCCCUGCCAGCCAUGUGAAGUUACUGGGUCCGAGCAGUGAGCGAACCACAUCUGCUGCCCCCUCAGUGUGUCAAGUAAUAGCAAUGUAUGAUUACAUGGCAAACAAUGAAGACGAGCUCAGCUUCUCCAAAGGGCAGCUUAUUAACGUGCUGAGCAAAGAUGAUGCUGACUGGUGGCAAGGAGAACUCAAUGGUGUGACAGGUCUCUUCCCUUCCAACUACGUGAAGAUGACCACAGAUUCUGAUCCAAGUCAGCAGUGGUGUGCUGAUCUCCAAAGCCUCGAUACCAUGCAGCCGAUGGAAAGGAAGAGGCAGGGCUACAUCCAUGAACUCAUUCAGACAGAAGAAAGGUAUAUGGAUGAUCUUCAGCUUGUCCUGGAGGUUUUCCAGAAGCCAAUGGCUGAUUCGGGUUGUCUCACAGAAGGGGAAAUGGGGCUGAUCUUUAUUAAUUGGAAGGAACUCAUCAUGUCAAAUACUAAGUUACUGAAAGCCUUGCGAGUGCGUAAGAAAACGGGAGGAGAAAAAAUGCCAGUACAGAUGAUUGGGGACAUCUUGGCAGCAGAGCUGUCACACAUGCAGGCCUACAUUCGGUUCUGCAGCUGCCAGCUUAACGGGGCUUCAUUGCUGCAGCAGAAAACUGAUGAAGAAGCUGAUUUCAAGGACUACUUAAAGAAACUUGCUCUGGAUCCUCGCUGCAAAGGAAUGCCCCUCUCCAGUUUCCUCCUGAAACCCAUGCAAAGAAUAACGCGCUACCCUCUGCUUAUAAAGAGUAUUCUAGAGAAUACUCCAGAAAAUCACCCAGAUCACAGUAACCUCAGGCUUGCCUUGGAGCGUGCAGAAGAGCUGUGUUCUCAGGUUAACGAAGGGGUGCGUGAGAAAGAGAACUCGGACCGGCUGGAAUGGAUACAGUCCCACGUGCAGUGCGAAGGCCUUGCUGAGCAACCCGUGUUCAAUUCCCUCACAAACUGCUUGGGACCACGGAAGCUCCUGCACAGCGGCAAGCUGUACAAGGCGAAGAGCAGCAAGGAGCUGUAUGGCUUCCUGUUCAACGACUUCCUGCUGCUUACCUACAUGGUCAAACAGUUUGUCUCUUCUGGCUCUGAUAAACUGUUCAGCCCCAAGUCCAACUCCCAGUUCAAAAUGUACAAAAUGCCUGUUUUUCUUAAUGAAGUCCUGGUGAAAUUGCCCACGGAUCCUUCCAGUGAUGAGCCAGUUUUCCACAUAUCACACAUUGACAGAGUUUACACACUUAAAACUGACAACAUCAAUGAGCGCACUGCCUGGGUCCAGAAAAUCAAAGCAGCAUCCGAGCAGUACAUUGAAACUGAGAAGAAGAAACGUGAAAAAGCAUAUCAAGCUCGCUCACAGAAGACCUCGGGAAUAGGACGUUUGAUGGUGCACGUGAUUGAAGCAACAGAGCUGAAGGCCUGUAAACCCAAUGGGAAGAGCAACCCGUACUGUGAAAUCAGCAUGGGCUCUCAGAGCUACACAACGAGGACCAUGCAGGACACCUUGAACCCCAAGUGGAACUUUAACUGCCAGUUCUUCAUUAAGGAUCUGUAUCAGGAUGUCCUCUGUAUCACCAUGUUUGACAGGGAUCAAUUCUCUCCUGACGAACAAAUGAUCCAACUUCAGGCUUUGCUGAAGGAAAGCCUCAUCAGAACAAAGCACGUGGAGAACGCAGCUGCGAUCGGCAUAAAUGAAAGGGAAGUCUGCGCUUCCACCUCUGGCUUCUAUGUGCCACCAGAGAAUGCCAUAAACCUCAUCUAUGCCUUCUACAAGAACUUGCUGCAAGUUAGAAAGGAAGGACUCUACUUCAAGCAGAAGCACUAUAAGUGCGUUCGAGCAGAUGAGCAUUCCAUCUACCUUAAAAAUGCAGAUGGAGGCCUCAUAAUGGUGAAGACAAAAGCUUUCAUCCUGAUUGCUACAUACAGAGUGGGCAUGUAUCCCAGUGUGUGUGUGGAAGCUGUGGAGAAACUCGGGAAGAUGCUGGCAGCCCACUUUGAUUGCCCAGGAGGCCCAGAAAAUCUCUAUGUGAAAGAAGUGAUGAAACCACAUCCAAGAGAAGGAGAAGUUCUUGUGAAAGUCUCUGCCAGUGCUCUGAAUAGGGCUGAUUUACUCCAGAGGAGAGGGAAGUACCCUCCCCCCAAGGGAGCAAGUGAUAUUUUAGGCUUAGAAGCAGCUGGGAGUGUGGCUGGGCUUGGACCUGGCUGCACUGGGCGAUGGAAGAUUGGCGAUGCAGUGAUGGCUCUGCUCUCUGGAGGCGGCCAGGCUGAAUAUGUUACAGUACCUGAAGGCCAGCUGAUGCCAGUUCCCAAAGACAUUACAUUUGUUCAGGCUGCAGCCAUUCCUGAGGCUUGGUUAACAGCUUUUCAGCUGCUGCAUUUUGUAGGUAAAAUACAGAAAGGGGAAACAGUGUUGAUCCACGCUGGAGCUAGCGGGGUCGGUAUGGCAGCCAUUCAGCUGGUCAGACUGGCAAAUGCUAUUCCCAUCGUGACAGCAGGAACUCAGGAGAAACUGGAAGCAACAACAAACGCUGGAGCAGCUGCAGGGUUCAACUACAAGAAUGAAGACUUUAGCGAAAAGGUCUUGGCCUUCACCCAAGGUUCUGGAGUAGAUAUUAUUUUAGAUUGUGUUGGUGGCACUUACUGGGAGAAGAAUCUCAGCUGCUUGAGAACUGAUGGCCGGUGGGUUAUUUAUGGACUACUGAGUGGAGGUGAAGUUCAUGGAGAUUUGCUUUCAAGGCUGCUUUCCAAAAGAGGGAGCAUCCACACAAGUCUAUUAAGAUCACGAGACAAGGAGUAUAAGGAGCAGCUGGUGAAAGCCUUCAUAGAAAGUGUGCUGCCCUAUUUCUCUGAAGGAGCCUCUCCGCAUCUCCAGCCACUUGUUGACAGCGUUUACCCUCUGCAUGAGAUUGUGGAGGCACACAGGAAAAUGGAAGAAAACAAGAACAUUGGCAAAAUUGUUAUUGAAAUGCCACUGAAAUCACCCUAAAGAAAGGCCCUUUGCUGUAGUUGCUUUAUGGGUAGAAGCACUAUGGAUGCCUUAAAAGCUGAGUUUCUGCUAUUUCUGCUUCCAAAUUGGAAAUGAUUUACUGUGGAAGAUGUCAAAAAAUGAGGGCCAAAGCAAAGCCUUACAGGAUAUGUGAAUAAAAAAAGCAAUUCACACUGCA